AAAUCGCCAUUUUCAAAACCGAAAGCACUGUUUUCCCUUUUGAGAUGGCACCGAGGGAGAAAACAGCGGCCGUCGAAGGUACCGGCAACGAUGGUUUGAAUAAUAAUAAUGAGGUUCAUUUCAGAGGAGUAAGGAAGCGUCCAUGGGGGCGUUACGCUGCUGAGAUCAGAGAUCCGGGGAAGAAGAGCCGUGUUUGGCUUGGAACUUUUGAUACGGCGGAGGAAGCAGCCAGAGCAUACGACGUCGCCGCUCGAGAAUUUCGCGGCGCCAAGGCUAAGACUAAUUUCCCUGUCCCUUGUGAAAAUCCCAACAAGGGGAAUGAGUGUAAACGUAACGGUAACAACAUCAACAACCGUAGCCCAAGCCAGAGUAGCACCGUGGAAUCCUCGAACCGUGAGCCGGCUCUCAUGAUCGAUACUUCGCCGUUAGAUCUUAACCUCGUACAAGGCGAGGCGGUUACCGGUUACGUACCCACGGCUACUAGGUUUCCUUUCCAGCCAGCUUCGCUGGUGCCGUAUAUUGCGGGGCGUAAAGUUUUUUACUUCGACCCGUUUGUUCGCCCUGGUGUAGUGAACGGCCAGCAGUUUCAACGGCUGGGAUUCGAUCAUCUCCAUCGUGAUUUUCAUGCGCCGACGUUUAAUGGUGGUGUACAAAGCGACUCCGAUUCAUCUUCCGUCGUUGAUUUGAACCACCACGAGGUCAAAUCGCGUCCACUUCUGAACAUCGAUCUCAACCAGCCCGCUCUUCCGGAAAUCUCUUGAUUGUUUUUCAUAUUCGCCGAUCGCCCAGCCGGAAAA